AAAUCAUCCAGUACACUAUCUUGUCGGCCAUGCUGGUGACAGCAAAGCAAUUACAUCCCUUAUCCUUCCCUAAUCUUACCUGCUUCCUGGUGACAGGGCCAGUCGGCGUAUCGUUUAUGGGCUGAGGGCGCCUCUCGCACCAUUGUCGUGAGCGAGGUAGUGAAGUGGCUCUUUAGACAAGUUGGAGUUAAGAGGCGUUAGCGUUUUCUUCUGGCGUGGGAAAAAGGAUAUGUUAUACUGGUGUCCCAUUAAGCAUAGUCCGUCUUAGCGGUCAUUGUCGCAAUGUCGUCACAGCCUCACACGCGAGCGUCUAAGCCCAGCGGCGUCGCUCUCGGGAGUCGCACGCGCGAGCCUAAAGCCGGUCGCGGGCGACGCAUGCGACAUCAAGACGGCGACUCCCCCAGAUCGCCAUCCGCGUUUCUCAAUCGCUCAGCCGUAGUCGGAGGCAGACCCUGGCUCUUCGCCAGCUGGUGCUGCAUAUUCGUUAUUGUGUUGCUCGCUUUCGUUUCAGGCGCCGUGAUCGUGCUACAGUUAACGGAACACAAAACAAUGUCCGGCGCUCUUGCGACUCUCCAGCAGACGGGGUCGGGUAUCGGAAGCCACGCGCUGCUGGCGCUGAAGUCGAAGCUGAGCUUGUCAGGGAGGAAAGUGGGGAGCCUGACGGCCGGUACGCACCACCAUGUCAAGCACGUGUUCGAGCAGCGGUUCCUUUACUACGGCGAUGUGAUCGAUUCGACGACGACCGACUGCGGUAGCGUCAACGAGCAGCACUCAAGCCUCCGGUGUGCGAUGGAGGAGGCUCUGCUGACCAACAGAACGUUCGUGUUGCCUCGCCACAUCUGCAUUCGCCCUGCCUUCAACAUCGAUGCCGCCAGAAUAGUGAACACGUCCCAAACGGAGAUGCUUCUAGAGGACCUCUUCGAUCUUAAAGCCAUCUCCAAAGCCCUCCCCAACGGCAUUGUCUUUGCUGACGCGGUCGAUUGGAAGCAGACGCUCGCCGCCGCCCAAGACGCACAGACCCUCGCAAACACGCGGACGAAAAGCGCCGCCCCUGGGGAGGAGGCGGGUGAGGGUGGGGGAGGAGGAGAGGAGGAGGAGGAGUUACCUGCGCAGUAUUUGGUGCUUGAGGAUGGGAGUGUGGGGUGGAGGGAGCUUCGGGACGUGCCUGAUUAUGCCGAGGCUAAGAUCGUGCACCGGAAUGAGGAGCGGCCCUGGAGGAGGGCGUGUGAGACGCGGUUCAACGGCACGGCAGUGAUCUACCACGGCCCGCCCUUCGCCAAAUACAUCCGCGACCUCGCCAUGCAGUUGUCUGAGAAGCUGGGCCAUUUCGUCUUCCUGCACGUGCGCCGCCACAACACCGACAUCAUGCGGGACGACGCGUCGUACCUGCGCUGCCGGCACCUCGACCGCGACACGCGCGUGCCGGCCAUCCGAAGGCACAUCUGGCGCCUCAUCCCCGAGAACAGCACGCUUUACAUCGCCACGGACGAAGUCAACAAAGGGUUCUUCUCCGGCCUUUCACAGUGGUACGACAUCCGGCUUGCGCGGAGCUUUGACCAUAUGUUCAAGGGCAGCGUCACCAACAACUACCAAGUCUUUGCAAUCGAGAAGCACCUCUCCAAGUUCGCAUCGUUCUUUGUAGCCACUUUCUGCGAUGAGGCCGAUUCCUACGGCUGGCUUGGCCUUCAUGCUUUCUACUGCCUAUGCCAGGACUACCAAGAAGGUAGACGUGCUCAAACAAUCAAGGACACGUCCGCUGGCCGAUAGGAGCAUUUGUAGAGCCCCUUUUAGGUUUCACUCUCAAGGUAGAAUAGUGUGCACAUAUACCACCCGUAAUUUAUUUGCUACGGGUUUAGAGUUGGUGAGCUGUAUUUCCUUGUAUCAGGCUGGCCAAGUUCACUGUUCCUGGCAGUA